AUGGAGCGUGGAUUACAUUCGCGCGCGCAUCCUAGAGGAGGACUUGCGGCGGGCGGAGUGUGGAGCGCUCGGGAGGAGGGGGCUGGCUAUGGAGUUGGAGGUGGAAAGAGUGGCUUCAAGAAGAAGUGGAAGGGCAAGAACAAGGAUAACCCUAAGGAGGAUGGCGGCGGGGGUCAAGGGGAGGUGUGCUUCUACUGCAAGAAGCGCGGACAUCGUCGGCGGAAGUGCUACCAACGACCCAAGGAUUGGACCCCGCCUUCAUCAAGCAACCAGCGUGGUGGCACGAGGAGUGGGGGAGUCAUGGGAGCUAGUGGAGAGGAGAAGGAUGAGGAGAAAGGCGGCAAAUCUGAGGAGCGGAAGGCCGGGUUCUUCUUCUUCGUGAACGAAGGCGCAACCGACCAUGCUAUGGCUGCCAAGAUUCUCCUACACCCCCCUCACCCAUUGGGACUGGCAGCAGCAGCAGCAGGUGCAGAUUGCUUGCGUCUGCAGGAGAUUGAGCGGUCUGCAGUGGAGGAGGUUCAGCUGCACCUUGAGGAUCUCCCUGAGUCAGAGCUGACCAGUGACCACAGUGGCGGUGGUGAGCAGCAAGUUUCUGGUCCUGCUGGAGAGGAGGGGUUGGAGGAUGAGUCGGCACGUGUGGACUCACCAUCUCAGCCCGAGCCUAUGCUGCAAACGCCAAGGUCACCAAGAGGAGUGUGCAGAGAGGAGCUUCACCACAUGGGCAGCAGACUGUAA